CCAAAGAAUUCACCCAAUAGCCAUGGCAAGUGCACCUUUGCUGCUCGAACACUUCAUCUACAAAAAGCGCAAUUUCGUCUACGCCUUUGUGCGCCAUCGUUUAUUUGUGUUAUGCAAACAAUCGCUAAUACGCGUCCAGUCUGCGGAGGGCAUCAAGCGCAUCGAGAUCUCGCCCAAGUCCAACCUAAAGCAACUCUAUGACAGCGUCCAGAAUGCCCUAAAGGUCGAUGGGUUCGGGCUCUUCAAGGAGCGCAAUUGCAUCACAGAGCUCCAGGCCAAUGGCACUCAGCUGGUUGGUAACACCCUGAAGCAUGGCGACAUGGUCUACCUAAAACAGAUGGCUGGCACCUCGUCGCGUCGCACUAGUACCACGGUCUUGGACAGCCAAGCGUUCAAGAACAGUGUCCCCGCCGAAAAGUUGAGCAACAGUAACACCACAACACGUCCUUCUAUCAGCGUUGUCGAGGAUGAGGUGGACCAACUUCUGAGCAAGACGGAUGGCACCAUCAAGCGGGAACGCGAUAGCAAACUGUGCCACCACAAUGCAAAUGGGCGUUGCGUCCAUUGCUCUGCCCUGGAGCCCUAUGACGAAUCCUACCUGAAGGAGCAGAACAUCAAGCACUUGUCCUUUCAUUCGUACAUCCGCAAGCAGACCUCGGGCAUGGGCCAAGGAAAAUACUUUGUCUUCGAUGAUAUCAACUGUCGCAUCAAGCCCGGCUGUCGUGAGCACCCGCCAUGGCCCAAAGGCAUCUGUUCCAAAUGCCAACCGUCGGCCAUCACCCUGAACCGUCAGACAUACCGUCAUGUGGACAACGUCAUGUUCGAAAACACCAAAAUCGUGGAACGAUUUCUCAACUACUGGCGCACCACGGGCCAUCAGCGCAUGGGGUAUCUGUAUGGAACUUACGAGCAGCACGCCGACGUACCGCUGGGUAUCCGCGCUAAGGUAGCGGCCAUUUAUGAGCCGCCACAGGAAUCCACUCGAGAUUCAAUCAACAUCCAGCCAGACGAGGGAGCCGAUGAUGUGGAGGCUGUUGCCACGGCCUUGGGCCUAAAGAAGAUUGGCUGGAUUUUUACUGAUCUCAUCACAGAGGAUGCUAGUGUGGGCACUGUCAAACAGAUCCGUGGCAUCGAGACGCACUUCCUCACAGCCCAGGAGUGCAUUACUGCGGGCGAACUGCAGAAUCGUCAUCCGAAUCCAUGUAAAUAUGCCUCAAACGGCGUCUUUGGCUCAAAAUUCGUGACUAUUUGUGUGACGGGAGAUAAUACCAAGCAAGUGCACAUGGAAGGAUAUGCUGUUUCGGCCCAGUGCAUGGCAUUGGUGCGUGAUAAUUGUCUAAUACCAACUAAGGAUGCGCCAGAGCUUGGCUAUGUGCGUGAAUCGACGGACAAACAAUAUGUUCCAGAUGUUUUCUAUAAGGAAAAAGACCAGUACGGCAAUGAAGUGCAACGGUUGGCACGACCCCUCCCCGUGGAGUAUCUUCUGGUGGAUGUGCCCGCCUCUACGCCCCUGCAGCCGCAGUACACCUUCACCGAGUACGACAAACGCCAGCCGUUUCCCAUCGAGAACCGCUACAUCGACGGUCACCUGCAGGACUUCAAUGCGCUGAGCUGCUAUCUCUCCGCCUGGGGCGAGGAGGAGUUCCUCGAAGCCGUCUCCGACUUCCACCUGCUGGUCUACCUCUACAAGAUGGACAUGCUGCCGCUGCGCCAGCACAUGAGUCUGCUCCUGGAGGCGGUGCGCACAAAGAAUCCCAACCAGGCCGCCCAUUUCAAGGACGAGGAGGUGUGGAAGCUGCUAGAGUCGCUAAUCCAGGCCAGUUCCGGAGGCAGUGGUGGCACCACCAGUUAUCCCAGCGGUGGGGCAGCGGCGAAUGCUGGGGCUUCAGGAUCGGACGCCAUGGACCUAGACGCCAACACCUGGACAUGCAACCACUGCACCUUCAUCAAUCGUGGCGAGCUCACAUCCUGUGAAAUCUGCUCUCUACCCAGAUAAGGAUUCCCAAACAUGAAAAUUCCGCGUUGUGCAGCCGGGAUACAAAAAUUCAAAAUUCUGGCGUAAAAACAAACUAAAGAUUCAAUCAUACUUACUUAUAGCAGCAGUUGGAAGACAUGUAGUAUCCCUUAAAAAUACACACACCCGA